CCAGAACGAGCGCCUCAGUGUUCUGCGAAUCCUAUGCGUAACGCUGCUGUAAUUGCGUGUGGACAGGUACGAGCGCACAUCCGCAUCGAGCGGUGCAGAAGCAAGAACGAAGGUUGUGGAGAUCAGAUAAGAAAUUAACCAGACAGAUAGACUACGCAAAGCACGGAGCAAUAAAAUGAAGUUAUUCCUUUCCCUGGUGGUGUGCGGGACGCUGGCAGUCCUAGCAUCGGGAGAGGAGAAAAGCUCCGCCGAGGAAGGGGGCAUCUCGUUCGAGUACCACCGUUACGAGGAGCUGAGGAAAUCUCUGGUGUCGGUGUGGUUGCAGUGUCCUUCCAUCAGCAGGAUCUACACCAUCGGCGAGAGCUUCGAAGGGAGGGAACUGCUCGUCCUGGAGAUGUCUGACAAUCCUGGUGUACACGAGCCUGGGGAGCCUGAAUUCAAGUACAUCGGGAACAUGCACGGCAACGAGGCCGUGGGUCGGGAGCUCAUCAUCUUCCUGGCACAGUACCUCUGCAACGAGUACCAGCAGGGCAACGAGACCGUCAUCGACCUGAUCCACAGCACCCGCAUACACCUCAUGCCCUCCAUGAACCCGGACGGCUUCGAGAAGGCCGCCUCCCAGCCAGGAGAUAUGAAGGACUGGUUUGUGGGCCGCAGCAAUGCUCAGGGCAUCGACCUCAACAGGAACUUCCCUGAUCUGGACCGCAUCGUCUACAUGAACGAGCGGGAGGGCGGGGCCAACAACCACCUCCUGAAGAACAUGAAGAAGGCGGUGGAUGAGAACACCAAGCUCGCCCCUGAAACCAAGGCUGUCAUCCACUGGAUCAUGGACAUCCCAUUUGUCCUCUCAGCCAAUCUACACGGUGGGGACGUGGUGGCAAACUACCCCUACGACGAGACUCGCAGUGGCUCCACCCACGAAUACAGCGCCAGCCCUGAUGAUGUCACCUUCAAGAGCCUGGCCCGCGCGUACUCCAGCCUCAACCCCAUCAUGUCUGACCCCAACAGGCCCCCCUGCCGCAAGAACGACGACGACAGCAGCUUCGUGGACGGCAUCACCAACGGGGGGGCUUGGUACAGCGUGCCAGGAGGAAUGCAGGAUUUCAACUACCUCAGCAGCAACUGCUUUGAGAUCACGGUGGAGCUGAGCUGUGACAAAUUUCCGCCAGAGGACACCCUGAAGAUGUACUGGGACCAGAACAAAGACUCCCUGGUGAACUACAUUGCGCAGAUCCAUCGUGGCGUGAGAGGCUUUGUACGUGACCUUCAGGGGAACCCCAUCUCCAAUGCUUCCAUUUCAGUGGAAGGCAUCGACCAUGACAUGACAACUGCUAAAGACGGAGAUUACUGGCGUCUCCUGGCUCCGGGGAACUACAAAGUGGCAGCCUCAGCCCCGGGAUACCUCACUGUGAUUAAGAAGGUGGCUGUUUCCUACAGCCCAGCGAUGAGGGUGGAUUUUGAGUUGGAGUCCUUGGUGGAGAGGAAGGAAGAGGAAAAAGAAGAGCUGAUGGACUGGUGGAAGAUGAUGUCCGAGACGUUGAAUUUCUGAACACAGAUCCACACGCGUCCACAUGUUGGUUGUAAAAAAUGUUUAGCAUCUGUGUGUCAGUCACUCCCAAUGUAAAAAAAAAAUAUAUAUACUGUCGUCUUAUUUGUUUAAUCCAUUCGUUGGCUUCAUUCUAAAGUUGUGAUGAGAUCCUAAUGAGCCGCUUGUUUAUUCUCUUGAUGAAAGUGUAAUUUAAUUUGCUGUUUUCCACCACACUGAUAACUGCUGUGGUUUAUGACACAGGCAGUUCUCACUGAGGGCACAGAAGGCUUUUUUUCUUUCUACUUCCUGUGAAAUUGUGUUCUUUCUGGCACAUUUAAUACACUUCACUUAACAUGGAUCAGCACUGAACUGCAUAUCCCAAAUGUAGGACACUAUUGUAUGGAAUGUAUGUGUAAAGAUAUGUAAAUGAUGAUGUAGUGCAGUCCUAAGCUACACUAAACACACUUUUAGGAAUAACUGUAUUUUAAUGUCAUGCUCUUUGCUUCUUUAUUACCCGUCUAUAUCAGCGGUAAUAAGAGGUAAUUACUGAAUUUUGAUAUUUACAAAAAAAUGUAGAGGAAUUGUAAAUUAAGUAAUCAUGAAAAAGAGAAUAGGAACAGCCUUGUUCUGAAAUAACUAUCUCUUUUGUUCCUGUUGUAAAUUUAAUUUGAGUGUUUGAAGAAAAACCUACCGGGGACACAACUUGUCGCAUAAACUGGAUUGGUGCUCCUGUAUUUCAUAUUUUAGCCUCGAUCCAUAACUUGGAUUCCAUCUUAUUGACAGAUUAUGAGGUUUUUGUAUACAACAUGAAUGGUGCAAACAGAUAUGCACCACAAGAGCCAGAGUAUCGCUAAUGCAGUUUGUGCCGCUUAUAUCGUUUUUCUGUCAAAGUGGAAGGCUUUUGAGAUCCCUGCCAUAGAUGAUCAGCAUAUCUACAGUGUCGUAAUCAAAUGCAGGGAAGACCUUGGGCAUUUAGCAUGUAGAUGUACAUAUCAAAUGUGCACUGGCAGACAAAUGGUCUUAUUUCAGUGAGAGACAGUGCGUCUGAAAGAUAGUCAACUGUUGCUGGCAGAUCGUCCUUUUGAAGCUGGCCACAUCUGCCGUACCGUAGACGAUGGAAAGUUCCUGUUUCACUUGUUUUUUACCGCAGUCACAUCAAAUAACCCUCAAAGCUUACAACAGCAGACACGGGAGAACUGUAAAGGAAUAGCGCUUUGCGGAGAUGUUACGAAAGCAAGUUGCCGUCUUGUCUUUUUUUUCCACAAACUGCUAACCGGAAUGUUCAUGAAUGUAAGCAGAAAUAAACUGUGCUGCAGGAAGAUCAUUUGAAUUUUAAGGACGAAUAAAUAUCCCUGUUUAUGUUGUCAUUCAG